UAGCGUUAAAUGUUAAUGCACCGGUGCUGUUCUAUCUGAGUUUCUUGGUUAUGGUCGGGUCUACCUUUCUCUCACAGCUAUAAUACUUCUACGGCUUUCGUCCCCACCCACCUUGGAGCUCAUUCAUGGCUUCUCAAUACUCUGUCUUUUCUCUUCUUUUGUUUCUUCACAUACCCACCACUCCCUUCCCUCCAAAGCUGAGUCUUGAUAGAAACUCUUUCUCUUGGUUUGUUUUUUAGCUUUGUUUUGCUACAUUCGGUGGUACUGUUUUUUAUGGUCUCUCUGUUUGUGAGUGAUACUAGUGAAGGCAUGAAAGAGAGGGUAACUCUCAAGCUCAGUCUCAUCAGUAUCAUUUUUGUGGAAGUGUUUCUGUUGGCUCUAUGUUGCCAUGAAUCUCGCUGCAGCGAGUUAAAUCAUGUUAAAGAUUUUGUUUUAGUGGAUAAAAAAAGGGAUGCUGUUCUUCCUGAGAUCUCUCCCAGUGGGUCUCCUCGGCCUUUUCUGCCUCUUCUUGCACCGUCACCAUUGGUACCCUUCACAAAUACCACUGUCCCGAAAUUAUCAGGUGUGUGUAUGUUGAACUUCAGUGCUGCUCUAAGCUUGAUGAGUGUAACAGCAAUAGAUUGUUGGUCUGCAUUUGCACCCUUUCUGGCGAAUGUAAUUUGUUGUCCACAACUGGAAGCCACCCUUGCAAUUCUCAUUGGUCAAUCAAGCAAAGAAACCAAUGUGCUUGCUUUAAAUGGUACCCUUGCCAAACCUUGUCUCUCGGAUAUUGAGCAGAUUUUGGUAGGCCAGGGUGCAAACGAUAGCCUCGCACAGAUAUGCUCAGUGCACGGUUCAAAUCUCACUCAAGCAUCAUGCCCAGUCAAAGAUGUUAAUGAGUUUGAGACCAUUGUUGAUACAUCUAAGCUUCUGGCAGCUUGUAAAGAGAUUGAUCCUGUAAAAGAAUGUUGUGCCCAAAUUUGUCAGGGCGCAAUAUUAGAAGCUGCUACGAGGAUUGCUUUGAAAUCUUCCGAGCUUAUGAGCAUGGAUGGGCUCCACAUCUUACCUCGGCACUCUACUAGGGUAAAUGAUUGUAAAAGUAUUGUCCUCCGUUGGCUGGCUAGUAAACUUGAUCCUUCUCAUGCGAAGAAAGUUCUGAGAGGACUAUCGAACUGCAAUGUAAAUAAAGUUUGCCCCCUGGUUUUCCCUGACAUGAGGAAUGUAGCAACGGGCUGUGGGGAUGGGAUGAGUAACCAGACAACAUGCUGUAGGGCCAUGGAAAGCUACGUGUCCCACUUGCAAAAGCAGAUUUUUAUAACCAACUUGCAAGCUUUGGAUUGUGCUACAUCAUUGGGAACAAAGUUAAGAAAAUCAGGAAUUACCAAAGAUGUGUAUAGUCUCUGCCAUAUAAGCCUCAAGGAUUUCUCCCUCCAAGUUGGAAAUCAAGAGGCUGGAUGUCUUUUGCCAAGCAUGCCUUCUGAUGCAACUUUUGACACGUCUUCAGGAGUAAGCUUCCUUUGUGAUCUUAAUGACAACAUUCCAGCUCCCUGGCCCACAACAUCUAAAGUGCCAGCUUCAUCAUGCAAUAAAACUGUCAAAAUUCCUGCACUUCCAGCAGUGGCAUCUGCUCAAAGUGGUACGUGUGCAUCUUUUCAUUCACCAAAAGAUACAGUGCAAAUAGGCCAAUUUGGUUCCAUCAAGUUGGUUAUGAAGUAUCUAUGCCCUUCCAAUUCAAUCUUCAUGAAAAGGACAUGAAAUGCAAUGCAUUGACGAUGUUGUGAAAUCACUUAAAUUCUAAGUUUGAUGGUUAUCAGUUUUCCUUCAGAGGGAACUAUCCCAAGAUGGACAGACUGAAUCCCUCAGUCACCCACUUUCUCUAACUUAUAGGCAAAGAGGUUGGAAGUUCCUUAUAGCCUGUUGCAACCUUCUGUCCUAAACAAUCUUUGACUUUAAUGAUCAAUUGCUUGGCAGGAUUUCAUACGGAUAAUGUCAGGCAUUUUCUACUCUUUGCUUCCUCGAUGGUCCUCAUAAUGGUCGUGUGAUUUUAAGAACCUUUUUCAUGCACAUUGCACUGAGUCAGUCCUUGGAAGAGCAAAG